ACUCUCUCUCUGAGGCGCCGGGUGAUGACGCCUUUGGGCGGCGCCGGCGGCUCCUGAGGGAAAGAAGAGGCGGCGACGGCGGGUCCGAGGAAGAGGCCGAGCCGGGAGUCCGGCUUCCCCGCUCGGAGGGACGGCGGUGAGGCGGACGGGAGAGCCCUUUUUUGACCUUUCUCGGCCUCCUCCGCCACUUGGGCCCGCUCUUUUGGGUACCUUGGAGCCUGUUCUUUAGCCACGCCUCCUCCGGCCUGUUACCGUUUUGGCCCCUCUCCCCCUCCGUACCCCAAGCCACGCCUCCUCCUGGCUUCCUAUGACCUGCCUGCGAGAGGAGACCCCAGUUCGGGUCUGAAGGAAGAAGGAAGGAAGGCCGUCGAGGGCGCAGGACUGUGAGAGCCAUGAAGGAAACAAUUCAGGCCAAGAAGUACUGGGGAACAUCCCCUGGCCUUCAUGACGCAUUGGGCCACCGGGACAAGAUCUGCCGUCCUUCCCAGGAAUGGGGCCAACCAGAGCCCAAACGCCGCGGCGGUGGCGGCUGUUUUGAGGGCAACCGUCGGUUGGCCUACGCAAGCAAACAGUCUCCAGGAUUCGGCCCCAUGUCCUCCGGCAGCGACGAGGAAGACAAAGGGAAGUGGGGGCUCCCCUGCAUGUCCGGCUGGGGUGUGGCAGGCGGUGCGUCUAACUCUACUCCAAACAAAUCCGGCAGCAGGGGGAAAGUGGCCCGUAGCGGGGGCCGGGCCUGGCCCUUCGAAGUGAAGGCGGGGGCCAAUUCCCGGGGGCGCCCGGCACUGCUCGGAGGCACCUUGAGGCGGCACGGCUCCCGCCGUCGGCGCCAGAGAGCCCUGCAAGCCUUCCGGAUGCUCCUCUAUUCCAAAAGCUCCUCCUUCGCUUUCCAUUGGAAGCUCUGGGGCAAGAUGGCUUCCAAGGCACGUCGCCGGCCGGGGACAAAGCGGGCUCGGUCCUCCUUGUCCCUUUCCCCAGGGUCGCAGCCGGACGACGACCACCUCCCUCUCUACAAGAAGAGCUGCCCCUUAGUCGGGGAAGAGGACUGCCAGGGCGGAGCUAAGCGCCGGCCCCGCCCCUUCAAGCCCCACCCUCCCUCUGAGCCCCACUUGGACUACGGCUUGGACGGCGCCUUCCCCGCGCCUUCAUCCGGGCCUCAGACCCCUCGCCUCGGCCUCCUGGGGGCAUUGAUGGAGGACACUGCCUCUUACCCUCAGUAUGUAGAGCUGCAGAGGGUCAGUUUUGACAGGGACCCGGGAAGCAUGGAGAUGGACGAAGAUGAGACGGACGCCAUGCUCAAGUUCCCCACGGGAGGAACCCCGGCCUCACCCCGGAGCCGGAAGGCCGGAGAGGCAGAGCUCAGCCUGGAUGGAGACCGAGGCCCCUUGGAUGCCCUUCCCAACGGCUUUUCCUCCCUGGCUCCCGACGGCGACUUGUGCUCCCUCCCGGGAGUCACGGAUGCCACCAUCCUCAUCAGCAACGUCUGCAGCAUCGGAGGCCGUGCGGCCGAGGAGCUCUUCCAAGGCCCCCGGGACAAAGAGAGGCUGCUGGACCCUGCCGGAAUGAGGCUGGAAGCCGGGGCCCAGCAGGCAGAGCCGGCCAUUGAAAGCGGGCAGGAGAGACUCGCCGAGAAGGCCGCCCAGCACAGCCCUCUGCGGGAAGAACACAUCACGUGUGUCCACAACAUCCUGGACGAGUUCCUGCAAAUGUACGGCAGCCUCAUUCCUAUCAGUGUGGACGAGGUGGUGGAGAAGCUGGAAGACAUCUUCCAGCUGGAAUUCUCGACGCCACAGAGGAAAGGCAUGGUCAACCAGCUGAUCCAGUCCUACCAGCGCAUGCCAGGCAACGCCAUGGUCCGGACCUUCCGGGUGACCUACAAGCGCCACGUGGUCACCAUGGACGACCUGCAGACGCUCUAUGGGCCCAACUGGCUCAAUGACCAGGUCAUGAACAUGUACGGGGAUCUCGUCAUGGACACGGUGCCAGAGAAGGUUCAUUUCUUCAACAGUUUUUUCUACGAUAAGCUACGAACCAAGGGGUACGAGGGGGUGAAGCGCUGGACCAAAAAUGUGGACAUCUUCAACAAGGAGCUGCUUCUCAUCCCGAUCCACCUGGAGGUCCACUGGUCCCUCAUCUGCGUGGAGGUGAAGAAGAAGAAGAUCACGUACCUGGACUCCCAGCGCACCCUCAACCGGCGCUGCCCCAAGCACAUCUGCAAGUAUUUGCAGGCUGAAGCAGACAAGAAGAAUCGCCCUGACUUCCGAGACGGGUGGAGAGGAGUUUUCCAGAUGAACAUUGCCAGGCAAAACAACGACAGCGAUUGUGGAGCCUUCGUCUUGCAGUAUUCCAAAUACCUGGCUCUGGGCCUCCCCUUCACCUUCACGCAGCAAGACAUGCCGAAACUCCGCCGACAGAUGUACAAGGAGCUGUGCCACUGCAAGCUCAUUGCGUGACCGCCUGCCUCCCGCCCACCGACACACACAGACACCCCCGGAGACCCUCCCUCCGCGCCGGAGACGGGAGGCCGCUCCCCCUCGGCCCCACCGCGGGAGCCGCACCCCGGACGGCCCUUCCCCGCCCCUCCUUCACCAACCGUCUUGGGGCGCCUUCAACAAGGACACUCAUAGGUCACAGGAACUCUUGAGGUUUGACCACCGGACUCUUAUUAUUACGGAGGGAAGGUCUUUCUUUUUUUACCCAAAGUUGGGGGAAGCCCUUCUCUCUUUGUUUCUCUCUUCCUGGUCUUUUUUCCCCCCCAGUUCAUAUUUAAGCCUCGGGUGGGAUUUCUCUCAGUUGGUUCUUUUUGGGGGACGUUGAGGGUGGGCUCAGAGUUAUUGAGGGCUUCUGCAUUAAGUCACCCUCGAUCAAACGUUCCGUUUUGAAUUUGGGGACCAGGAAGGGAAGGGGAGGAGGAGGAGGACUCAGUUAGCCCCCCCCCCACCAAACACACACACCCGACUUCUCCCCCCAGUUUAUUGCCCUGUUGGUUACUUGUGUUAGUGGAUGAUGUCUGGGUUUCUUUUUCUUUAUUUUUUUUCCCAAAGGGUUUUGUUGUUUUGCGGGGGAGGGAGGGAGUUAGAAAAGGGGGGGACGGGGAAGGGGCGGUGAGGGUUUUUUUGGGGGGGUGCGGGAACAGUUUAUACACUGGGGCCGAGAGGACGGAAACAAGCAUUUUUUAUACGUUGGCUGCCAUUGUGGGUAAAUAAAAAACAAGACGUUCUUUGGAGAAGCA